CAGCUUGACGUCGGCAGUAUCUAUCAGAGAUCUGCUAUUCAAUACCAUAUACGAAAAUGUAUUUGGUCUCAAAGGGGUCGAGGGCUGUACCGCUGAUAGGCUUGUUUCUUUUGAUAACCCUCUUAACUUGGCGCAACGGUGUUCAGGUCACUGACUAUCGGAUUAUCUCACUUAUUGCAUCAGCUGUUUGGCAAGCGGCGUCAACUUGGAUUGACCAAGCUUUACCCGGGGUCUGCUCGUUUACAACCUAUUACAACUACACAUACCGAUAGGUUUACGUUUUCGCUUCCUGUGUAUUGGCUACAAGACGCUUACAAGAAUGCGAUCAUUUUUUCAUCAAAACUAGUACGUAACUAGGAAAAAGAACGAAAGAAAUCGUCAUUAUGAGACGCAACAAGGCCUAUCUCUCCCGUCCGGUCAAAUGUCAGUUUGUCAAAUUGGCCAUUUACGUAAGCAGCGCAGCUGAAUUGAGAGAUAACGAAAUUGCACAAUUAUGCGAAAAAUAUUUCUUACGUUAUAUAAAAAAUUGAUAUGUUAACUUGACUAUCACCGGGCAUUGGCAAAUGUGGUUUCAAAAACAAGGAAUUGAAAAUAAAGAGAGGGACUGACAAUAGUAGAAGCAGUGGGGUGAUAUCUGUUAAAGUAACGCCCCGGAUAGUAGAAAUCGUCAGUUCGAAUCGUGUAGCUGCCAACUGUGCUGGUUGUCAUUCCGUCGCACAAUGGGUGUUUUAAAGUAUCUGAAGCCUGAGGACAAGGAGUUUUAUGAGAAAAAUGGAUUCGUCAAGCUGAGUGGAAUAUUCAGCGAAGCUGAGAUGGAAGAGAUUUCCCAAGAAUACAACGAACUUUUUGAGCGCAAGACCAGAGAGAAUCAAGAGGGACUGGAAUCCGCAUGGGUUGGGGAUAGGAUGAAGCAAGAGGCCGGGUCUGAUGAUUACACGGUAAAGGCGAUCCACAACUUACAAAUGCACAGUUCUGUUUUCACCAGAGUGAUAAUGAAUUCGAAGCUGCUAGAUGCCAUGGAAGAUGUGCUGGGUACUCCAGAUGUCUUGUUGCAUCACACCAAGGCGCACAUAAAGCCCCCUGAGAAUGGAGCACCUUAUUUGAUGCAUCAAGAUUAUCCUUACUUUCCCUUCAAAAAUCACACCAUGGUAGCCGUAUUCUUACACCUGGAUGAUACGACUCCGGAGAAUGGAGGCUUAGCAGUUUACCCAGGAAGUCAUAAACUUGGUCCUCUGGCUGACAAAGGUGUAACGGAUGAGCAGGGUGAGCAAUAUCACUGGGUAGAUCAGAACAAAUGGCCAUUGAAGGGAGCAACCCCUAUCUCGGCAAAGAAGGGAGAGAUAAUAGUUUUUUCUUACCUCCUCCUUCACGGAUCAUACUUGAAUCUCUCCGACCGUCCCCGAAGGAUGUUCCUCUUACAACUCAGAGCCGCAGAUGAUGAACCUACGAGAGCAUGUCACCAGUCACCGGCACAAAAUCUUGUCCUUCGUGGUAGGAAUGUGCAGCGUAGCGCAAACAUGGCCACACGAUUCGCUGACUAAUUCACGAAAUUUUAUACUUAUUCGCUUUUCCGCACCGCGAAUACGUUUUACAUUUUCUGCCUGUCUAUGUGAUUGGUAUAACAGGAUUAUUUUUCGCAACAGUUGUAUGUACCUAUGUAAUAUGUUACGCCAUGUGCGUGUAGUGUCGAUAAUUUUGAAUAAAAUACCCGAGGCUUUGGGGGAAGAAAAAACAUCAAACGUC